CUGUGCAUUGCGCGGCGAGGCAAGAAACGAGGCGCCGACCGAGGAAGAUGGUGAACUUCGUCGAGGCUCAGAAGCCGCUGCUGAAGCGGCUGAUGCGGAUGGCGGGGCUCCGGCCAAUCGACGUCGAGAUUGAGCCUGGCACCACCAUGCACAUCUGGGUCCCCAAGCACCACGUCAGCAAGAAGACCGGCACCAUCAGCCCGGUCGAGCACGGCGGCGUCGGCGUCGACGAGAAGAACGGGGCGGCGAGGCGGGGCGGGAGGAAGAAGAGCCCCGAGUCGAAGCCCAACGUCGUGCUCAUCCACGGCUUCGCCGCCGAGGGCAUCGUCACGUGGCAGUUCAACUUCGGCGUGCUCGUGUCGCGGUACAACCUCUACAUCCCGGACCUGCUCUUCUUCGGCAAGUCGACCACGGCCAGCGCCGACCGGUCGCCGGAGUUCCAGGCGCGGUGCGUGGCGGCGGCGCUCGCGCGGCUCGGCGUGGCGCGGUGCGACGUGGUCGGGUUCAGCUACGGAGGAAUGGUGGCGUUCAAGCUGGCGGAGACGCGGCCGGACCUGGUGCGGUCGCUGGCCGUGUCCGGGUCGGUGGUGACCAUGACCGACGCGGUGAACAGCGCCACCAUGACGCGCCUCGGCGCCACCUCGUCCGCCGAGCUGCUCAUGCCGGAGACGCUCAAGGGCCUCAAGGCGCUGCUCUCCAUCUCCAUGUACAAGAAGAUGUGGUUCCCAGACAGGUUCUACAAGGACUAUCUCAAGGCGAUGUUCAACAACAGGAAUGAGAGGAUGGAGUUGCUGCAAGGGCUUAUAACCAGCAACAUGGAUGCCAAGAUCCCUACUUUCCAGCAGAAAAUAAUGCUGAUUUGGGGCGAGGAGGACAAGAUCUUCGACAUAGAGGUCGCCAAGAAGAUGAAAGAGCAGCUAGGCGACGGGUGCUUCCUGCACGGCAUCCCCAAGGCCGGGCACCUGCUGCACGUCGAGCGGCCGUGCGCGUACAACCGCCAGCUCCAGAGGUUCCUCGCGUACGUCAACUCCCAGCCCCAGGAGGAGGCAGCGGGUGGUGGCGCCAACUGAACUGAACUGAACUCGAUCCGUUCCAAUGCAAGGAGAAGCUAGCACGCCGUUGAUAAGGGCGUCCGGUUACUGGGCUCGUGUACAUUUUCUAUGCCCCUUGCUGGGGUUAAUUGGUGAUGUUUUUUGCGUUCCUGUUUAUGUUGUUUUCUGAGGUUUGCUGCUUGAAAGCAAGUGCCAAGUGGUGCUGGGGUUGGCUGGCCUAGUAGUACGCGGUGGUAGCGAGUAGUGGUACUACAAAAGUAAGUAGGCCUCGUGUUGUGUCGUCCGUUCGGUCAUUCGUUUGGAUUCUUUGCAACUCUGCUGUGCGGGUUUUAUCAUACAACACCUGUAAUCCUCCAUCACGUCAUAAGGGGAAAAAAUUACGUGGCGUAUGUUUUGCUGUCGAAUAAAAUUCUCG